AUGAACUGCUUCAGGAUAUUGUUGUACCUCUUUAAUAUUCUGUUUAUUAUCCUUGGCAUUAUACUUGUUGCCAUUGGCAUAUGGACAGCAGUAGAGAAGAUUUAUGUGUCUCACGUGAUUGGUGACAAUCUGUUUGCUGCUGCCUCCUACUUGAUCAUUGCUGUUGGCAUCUUCCUCAUUUUGAUUUGCAUUGUGGGCAUUCUAGUUCUGUGGAAGGAUAAACGAAAAUGGCUGAUUACGUACCUGUGUCUGCUGAUACUGUCCUUUGUGAUCCUCAUCACUGCAGCCGUUCUAGCCAUUGUGUUUAAAGGGGAGGUGGAAAGUGUGAUGGUGAACAACAUGAGACGUUCCAUGAUCAAUGGUUAUGGUAAAGACAGAGACAUCACCAGUGCUUGGGAUCAACUGCAGUCACAGUUACACUGCUGUGCUGUUAGUGAGACUGUGUUGUCUCCUUCACCUUUGUUCAACUUUCCUUAUGUGGAUGGAAGUUCACCUCAGAAUUUGGAUGAGAGAGCAAAGCAAGAUUCCUGGGCUAUUUAUAAACGUACAGAGUUUUACAAAAAUCAGCUAAUGGUUGGUGAAAACGAGAGGAAGUACGUUCCACCUUCCUGUUGUGUGUACGAUGAUAAGCUCCGUGGCUACAAAAAUGUGAAGACUUGCCAGUAUUUUUCUUUGGGCCCGCCAGUGAAUUACGCUGCUGGGCACCAAAAUGAAAACUUACAUUAUACAGGUUGCUAUGAGAAGGGCAAACAGUUUGUGCUAGAACAGUCUGAUAUACUUGUAGCCAUUGGAUUUGUCUUUGCAUUCCUGAUGGUUGCAGGGAUGGUGUUGACAUUCUUUGUAAUACGAUCAGCGACAGAUGAUGGUUCAAAACACAGACGUAGACCAAACAGUGUAGUUGUUUAA